GGACCGCACACCGUCGGGGAGCUCAGCUGGGCGGACGCACAGGGGGCAAACAAGUCUUCCUUUUCCGAGCUGAAGAGAUCAGAAUAAAACUGGGAGGAAAAAGACGCAGAGAGCUGAGAAAGCGUCGACCGAGGAGGCAGAUCGGGCUUAAUUCCCUUUAGGUGGCAUUAGACUCCUGCACAGCCUGGUCAGAGGAGGCUGGAUCACUGUGUCCACUGCGCUCCUCUCUUGUCAAGCCAACAAAAAAAGAGAGAAAGAAAAACGACGCGCGUACCUGAGGAGUGUUUGGAGCUUUCUCACUUUCUUUUUUUUUCUUUUUUCUUUUUUUUUCCCCCGCAAGCGGAAUUACUACUUCAAGCAAAACCACAGAAGUGACCAAACAACGCCGAAGUCAGAUCCAGGGAUUUACUAUUGUGCGUAAAGCUAUUGGCGUGUCUGCGUGCGCGUUUGUCUUGUGCGUGCAGAGAGGGCAAAGUGCUGAUAAAUCUGCCCCCGGCUGGACUUGGGACCUGAGGAAGGAGCUUCUCGGAAGUGCACUUGACAGGAGCGGCGCCGACAGAUCUGGAGAGACCGAUUUCUGACUCGAGCGACUGAAAGGAGCCCGGAGAUCCUGCAGAAUGCCUCUCGCGCAGAUCGCGGAGCCAUGGCCCACCAUGGAACUAGUGCAGCUCGAAACGGAGAAUGGCCAAAGCACUGCUGAGGACGGAGACACGACCGCUCUCAAGAACAACUCUCAUAUCACCUGGAUAGAGAAGGACUUUGCCAAAAUUAGCGUCCAGGAGGAUGCAGACAUCAAGGAGAUCAACAUUACCCAUGUGGUCAAAGAGGGCUCGGAGAAAGCCGAUGCUUCUCACUUCGAACUGCUCAAAGUCUUGGGACAGGGAUCGUUUGGAAAGGUGUUCCUGGUGCGCAAGGUGACCCCGCCUGAUGCCAACCAGCUCUACGCCAUGAAGGUCCUGAAGAAGGCCACACUUAAAGUGAGAGACCGCGUGAGGACGAAGAUGGAGCGAGACAUCCUGGCCGACGUCAACCACCCAUUUGUUGUCAAACUGCACUAUGCAUUUCAGACUGAAGGGAAGCUGUACUUGAUCCUGGACUUCCUCAGAGGGGGAGAUCUCUUCACUCGACUCUCCAAAGAGGUGAUGUUCACGGAGGAGGAUGUGAAGUUUUACCUGGCGGAGCUGGCGCUGGGGCUGGACCACCUCCACAGCCUGGGCAUCAUAUACAGGGACCUCAAGCCCGAGAACAUCCUCCUGGAUGAAGAGGGACAUAUCAAGCUCACAGACUUCGGGCUGUGUAAAGAAGCCAUCGAUCACGAGAAGAAGGCAUAUUCCUUCUGUGGCACUGUGGAGUACAUGGCGCCAGAGGUGGUGAACAGGCAGGGACACACCCACAGUGCCGACUGGUGGUCGUUUGGGGUACUAAUGUUUGAGAUGCUGACGGGAGCGCUGCCUUUUCAAGGAAAGGACCGUAAAGAAACCAUGAAUCUGAUCUUGAAGGCACGUCUAGGAAUGCCUCAGUUCCUGAGUGCAGAGGCCCAAUCUCUUGUCAGGGCUUUAUUCAAGAGGAACGCUGCCAACAGACUGGGAUCCGGUCCUGACGGCGCGGAGGAGAUUAAGCGGCACUGUUUCUUCUCCACCAUAGACUGGAAUAAACUCUUCCGAAAAGAGAUGAAGCCUCCUUUCAAGCCGGCAGUCGCACGUCCAGAUGACACCUUCUACUUCGACUCGGAGUUUACCUCUCGCACUCCUAAAGACUCUCCCGGAGUGCCGCCGAGCGCUGGAGCCAACCAGCUGUUCCGAGGCUUCAGCUUCAUCGCCUCGCCUCUGCUGGAGGAGGAGGGCAUUGUGGAGAAAGUGCAGCCGCCUCCGCACCCAGUGGUCCAGCAGCUGCACGGGAAGAACCUGCUGUUCAGCGACGGCUACAUACUGAAGGAAGACAUCGGCAUGGGCUCCUUCUCCGUCUGCAAACGCUGCAUCCACAAGACCACCAACACCGAAUACGCUGUGAAGAUGAUCGACAAGACCAGCACAGACCCGUCGGAGGAGAUUGAGAUUCUCCUCAGAUAUGGACAGCACCCAAACAUCAUCACGCUGAAAGACGUGUACGACAACGGGAAGCAGGUGUUCCUGGUGACGGAGCUGAUGCGUGGAGGAGAGCUGCUGGAUCGGAUCCUCAAGCAGAAGUUCUUCUCGGAGCGAGAGGCCAGCGCCGUGCUGUACACCAUCACCAAGACUGUAGAGUACCUGCACUCUCAGGGGGUGGUCCACAGAGACCUGAAGCCCAGCAACAUCCUUUACGUCGACGAGUCGGGAAACCCCGAGUCGAUCCGGAUCUGUGACUUUGGCUUCGCCAAGCAGCUGCGAGCCAACAACGGCCUGCUGAUGACCCCCUGUUACACUGCUAACUUCGUAGCUCCCGAGGUGUUGAAGCGUCAGGGCUACGAUGUGGGAUGUGACAUCUGGAGUCUGGGAGUCUUACUGUACACCAUGCUGGCUGGUUUUACUCCGUUUGCCAACGGACCCGAGGACACUCCAAACGAGAUCCUGGGCAGGAUAGGAAGCGGUCACUUCAGCCUGACCGGAGGCAACUGGGACACCGUGUCUGAUGCUGCCAAGGACCUCGUCUCCAAGAUGCUCCACGUGGAUCCUCAUCAGAGACUGAGUGCUAAGCAGGUCCUCAAACACCCCUGGAUCAUCCAGAGAGACAAACUCCCCAACAGUCAGCUGCAGCACCAGGACCCCAAACUGGUCAAGGGUGCGAUGGCUGCCACCUACUCCGCCCUGAAGAACUCACAACCCACUCCGGAGCUCAAGCCCAUCGAAAGCUCCUUCCUCGCUCAGCGACGUGUCAAGAAGCUUCCUUCCACUUCCCUGUAGAGACUCGAAACGAGCCAAUCAGCUCCCCCCCCCGGAGUCUGAUCCAAACCACUCUUCUCUGGCUUCAAACCACCCAGUCAGCUUGCUCGAGGACCUCCUGUCCGCCUGCCAAUACCAGCCAAGGAACACCGACUGUGGUCCUGUCCUCUCCUCGUGGCGUCUGUUGUCCCGCUCUGGCUGUCGUUCUCCUGGUGUGGGCUCCCGAGCUCUCGUUGGACUAGCAAAAAAAAAAAAAAAAAAAAUCAUAUAAAUGGAAGGAAUCGGGGGGGAAAAUACAAUCGGUGCAGGUUUUUCGGCA